GACGUUGUCAUACUGGCUCGUCUGCCGCUGUUGCUCUUAAAGGAGACGUACCUCAUUCGAGGGUACUCCCGGUCAAACAAAUAUGAGGUAUGCUAUAGCUUUAAGAACCAAAUAAUACUGGGUAUUUCUAAAAUAAUAUGCGUCAUUAAACUUAUAUAUUUUAAAUAAUCUAUUUUGCUAUUUAUGCAGUGGCACAAAAAUUGAUCGUUGGCCAGGCUAACGAAACUUGGGCUGGCUCUGGCCUUGUAUGGUGGGCCUUCAUUGUGAACGCUCACAAGUAACUAGGCUUAAGUAAUCACUAAAGUCGGUAAAGGCUAUAACUGUAAGAGCGAAAUGGAGUCUGGGAAAGGCGAGGUUUCAGGCACUGGUCCUGGAACUCGGACCGCAGAGUCGACAGCGGCCUCAAAACCGACCGCGGACUCGAGUGAGCCCUCCUGCGGUAGAGCCGGAAGCAAAAGGCGGACAAAAACAUCCUUGUUCUUCCCGGACUCCGGUGAGACUCGUUCCGUCACCUCAGGCUCUGUGCGUGUGUUACGAUCAAGGGAAGCUGGAGCUGGUACGACCUGUGAGUCCAGAAAUAUCACAUGCAAGAAAAAAGCGACCAGUUCACGCGACGCACGCAGUCGACCUGCAGGAUCACGCACCAGAAACACACCUGUCAUGCAAAGUGCAAUAAAGAAACCAACAGCCAGUCGGGCAUCCACAAAAACAAUUGGACCAAAGCUUCCCAAAACUAGAAAAGGUGGGGGGAAACCUUCAACCAGGGCCUCACACACAUCAGCAGCAACAUGCAAGCUCGAAGCAGAGUCAGGGGCGUUUUCAUGUGUGACGGACACUGGUUCUGUGAAAGAAAGCGGUGGCAGCAUUGCAGAUCCAGACGUGGCUCUCAAGGAGGACCUUGCAUUAAGAGAUGAUCCAAAUGACCUUGUCAAAACUGAGACAAAGACGAAUAAAUCAAAGCGCCACACAACAUCACAACACAAUGAAUUCAAGAAAGAAGAGUCAGAGAAGGAGGAAGAAGAUUGUGGCAUUAAAAAGGAAGAAACCACCAGGAAUGUAGCUCAGCGUCAAGAUGGAGUCAUUGGCACUGAUCGUGAGCCAGUCAGGAAACGAGGUAAACGAGAUGAUAGAUCCCCUCGGCAGCCAAAACGAAGGAAAAAGCCACCGGUGCAGUACGUCCGCUGUGAAAUAGAGGGCUGCGGUACUGUUUUGGCCCACCCACGCUAUCUACAGCAUCAUAUAAAGUACCAGCACUUGUUAAAAAAGAAGUACGUGUGUGAUCACCCCUCAUGUGGGCGCUUGUUUCGCCUGCAGAAGCAGCUGCUGCGCCACGCUAAACAUCACACAGAUCAGAGGGACUACAUCUGUGAGUAUUGUGCUCGGGCCUUCAAGAGCUCCCAUAAUCUGGCUGUGCACAGGAUGAUCCACACAGGAGAGAAGCCAAUACAGUGUGAAAUCUGCGGCUUCACCUGCCGUCAGAAGGCCUCCUUGAACUGGCACAUGAAGAAGCAUGACGCAGAAGCCUCCUACCAGUUCUCUUGCUCCAUUUGUGGAAAAAAGUUUGAGAAAAAGGACUCUGUUGUUGCCCAUAAAGCCAAGACCCACCCUGAGGUGCUCAUAGCAGAAGCUUUAGCAGCCAACGGAGGAGAAGUAAUAAGCACACCCACCCCAGUCCUCGAGACUCUUCCAGCAGUCAUCCAGCCUGAGCAGCUUUCUGUCAGCCAGGAGAGCUGCUCAGUAAUAAGCACUACCACCCCAGUCCUCGAGACAACUCCACUACUCACUAAGCCUGUGCAGCCGUCUGUUAGCCAGCAGAGCCACAAGGACCAAAAGAGUCAGGAGAGCCAGGAAGUGGCAAGCGGUGGGCUCACUCCACUGCAGCAGGUGGUGCUCCCAGUUGCUCCACAGUCUGAACAGGAUGUAUCUCAAGGACAGUUUCUCCAACUGCCCCGCAUGGUGCAAGUUUCACAUCAGCAGCAGGGCCCAACUUUGAUGCACUUCUCCAGCACCAGCUACCCUCAGCUCAUCCAGCUCUCCACUCUUCCAGUUAGUGCAGUCACAUCCGUGGCUUGUGUGGAACCCCAGAGCACGCUCCUCACCCUGAGCUCCGUCACCACCCUGGCCUCCACAGCAUCUGUGGCUCCCCAGCAGGCCGUGCACUGGGGGAGGGAGGGGGACGCGGAUGCGCAAAUUUGCGGAGAGGGUGAUCUGUGGGAAAGGGUGGUGGUGGCAGGGGGCGGACAGGAUGUAGGGGAAAUGAUGUGGGGGGGUAACGCGGAGAGGAGGAAGGAAAAUGAAGGCACUGUUUGGGAGAGGGAGGGAGAGCGGAUGUCACAGUGUGCAGAUGUAGGUGGAGACAGUUUGAUCUAGAUGUAAAGAUGGCGAAAUGAACUGAAGGGCGACUUUAUGUUAAUGAAGGAAACGCACAUUUUAUUCCAAUAAAACACUGAAACACUUGAAA